AUGAACGAAGCCAAAGGCCCGGCUGCUCCUCCUCCGAGCAGUCGAGAUGAACCCAAGGAGAGCAUCGAAGGCCCCGAUGAGCCGGUUCCUCACUUGCACGCAAAGACAUUUCUCAUAGUCUUUGCCGUUUGCUUCAUCUACUUUGCUCAACUCAUCAACGUCGUCGGCGCCGGAGCUCAAACCCAAAACAUCGCAGCCGUGCUGGGGGAGAGCGACAAAAUCGUAUGGCUGACCUCCACAAUCGCCAUCAUGACCGUCGUCCUCUCCCCUAUCGUCUCCCAGGCCGCAGACUACUGGGGCCGCCGCUGGUUUCUUGUCGGCCUCACAGCCUGCGGCAUCAUCGGCUCCAUCGUUGUCGCCCGCGCCUCAACGAUGGGCAUGGCUAUUGCCGGUUUCACGAUCACGGGCUGCUCCUACGGCGCCCAGCCCCUCCUCCACGCCGUCGCAUCCGAGGUCCUACCCCGACGCUACCGCCCCUGGGCGCAGGCGGCCGAUAACCUCUCGGCCGCGAUGGGAGGCCUGGUGGCGCUCCUGGCCGGCGGCGCGCUCACGCGCAACGGCAACGCUGCGGGCGUGAGGAAUUACUGGUACAUGGCGACGGCCAUCUACUUUGUGGCCACGGCCCUCGUUCUGGCGCUGUAUAACCCGCCAAAGACGGCAAAUGAGACGCGCUUCAGCGUCUCGGAGAAGCUUGCGAAGCUCGACUGGGUGGGAUACGCCCUCCUGUCAUCGGGUCUGGUGCUCUUCUGCAUGGGCCUGUCGUGGUCUCAGAACCCCUAUCCGUGGACCGACGCCCACACCAUCGCGCCGUUCGUUGUUGGGUGCGCACUCUGCGUCGCUCUGGCCGUGUACGAGACGAGCUUCAAGAAGGAUGGUAUGUUCCAUCACGGACUCUUCAGGAAUGGACGCAACUUCCCCAUUGCGCUAGUCUGUGUCUUUGUCGAGGGUCUCGUCUUCUUCGCGGCCAACAAUUACUUUGCUUUCCAGGUCGGCGUGCUCUAUGAGACGGACUCGUUGCGCACCGGGCUCCGGUAUGGCGUUACCAUGAUUGUCUACGGUGUCUCGGCUGUCUUGGCUGGGCUGUGGUGUUCGACGACGCGAAACGUUCGUUGGCCUACCGUUGUUGCAUUCGUGUCCAUGAUUAUCUUCUUCGUGUGCAUGGCCACGACUACACCGAGCACCUCUGACCCUGUCUGGGGCUACCCCGUCUUCUUGGGUAUCGGGCUGGGCAUCUGUUUGUGCACGCUCGUUACCAUUGCGCAGCUUUCAACACCUCCGGAACUCAUUGCUAUUACCAGUGGGCUGAUGAUUGGUGUGCGAUCUUUGGGAGGAUCCAUUGGUCUCGCCAUUUACAACGCCAUCAUCACCGACCAGCUCUCGAGGAUGCCCACCAAUAUUGCUGCUGCCGUCGUGCCACUUGGACUUCCUCAGACCUCUCUUGGGCAGUUCAUCGGUCUGCUAGUUGCCCACGACAAUGCUGGACUGAGUCAAGUUGAAGGCGUCACAGUGGACAUCAUCCAGGCAGGUGCUGGUGCUCUUCUGCAGACAUACAGCCUUGGCUUCCGUUAUGUUUGGAUCGCUGCUGGCUCCAUCACAGUUGCUGCUGCCAUUGGUGCUUUCUUCCUUGUCGAGCUCAAGAACGAGUUCAACAUGCACAUCGACGCCCCGGCUGAAAAGGAGGAUGACCUGUAUUCGAAAUAA